GUCAUUACCGGACUAAUGGCGAAAACAGAGUAUACGUUUCAAGUGCGAGGAGUAAUUGAAGAUGUUGAAGGGCCUUACGGUCCAGUAAGUGACAGCAUUGAAACAAGGGAGUCUUUGGCAACAAAUUUAUUGGGAUUUUGUGUAUGUUUGAAGAAUGGUCAUCCCUCUAAAUAUCGCCUCCCUGCAGAAGAAAAUAUCAAAGCAAGAAACGAAAUUGCCAGGACGAAACAACUGGUCUUCGGAAAUGCUCCCCCUGUAUCAGACGAAAAAACCAUUUUGUUAGUUGGUGCAACAGGCUCAGGAAAAAGUACUUUAGUGGACGGUUUUGUAAACUAUCUCAUGGGAGUUAGUUUUGAUGAUCCAUUUCGAUUUACAACAGCUAUGCUAGAGCAUGAAGAAAUGAAGACACAUAACCAGGCUGUUUCGCAGACUGAAUGGAUAACUGUAUAUAAACUUCACCCAAAACCUGGAAGUCGGCUCAACUACACACUCAACAUCAUAGAUACACCAGGCUUUGGUGAUACCAGAGGAAUAGAACGCGACAAUUCAAUAGUUGAUCAAAUUCGGCAUUUGUUUUGUUCACAAGGGGAAGACGGUGUUUUAUAUAUUGAUGCUGUGUGCUUUAUCGUCAAGGCUCCAGAUGCGCGUCUCACAGUUGUACAGAAAUACAUUUUCAGCUCAAUGAUGGCUUUGUUCGGAAAAGACAUAGAAUCGAAUAUCUGUACAUUAAUCACUUUCGCCGAUGGUGCAGAACCUCCUGUACUUGCCUCACUAAAAGAGUCAAAACUUCCGCACGAGACGACAUUUACAUUUAACAACUCUGCUUUGUUUGCUGAAAACAAAGAUCUGGCCAAUAGUACAUUGUCUCCGAUGUUUUGGGAAAUGGGUUGCAGAAGUUUUGAAAGAUUUUUCAAACAUAUAAAAGAUUUAAAGGCAGCAAGUCUUUGUCAAACAAAAGACGUACUAGAAGAGAGGGAGCAAUUAAAAUUUGUUAUAUCUAAUAUAAGACCACAAAUUACUGCGGGUUUAUCCAAAUUAUCAGAAUUGCAGCAAAAAUUAGAUAUCUUUCAAAGAUGUAAGUCUGAAAUCGAAAAUAAUCAAAACUUUGAAUAUACGGUUGAAGAAACAAAGCAGCGUAUGCUUGAACUACUACCAGGCCAGCAUGUGACAAACUGUCUACAUUGCAAUAUAACGUGCCACGAGGAAUGCCGUAUUCCUGAUGAUGAAGAAAAGAAAAGGUGUUGGGCCAUGGACAAGGAUGGAAACUGUAGGAUUUGCCCCGAAAAAUGUAUAUGGUCAGAACAUAAAAAUACCGCUUACAUUUUUAAAUAUGUAACCGAAAAAGUUACUAAGACAUAUGCUGAAAUGAAAGAAAGAUAUGAAGACGCUAUAGGGCAAACAAUCACGCACGAAAAAUACAUUGAAGAUUUGACAUAUUGUGUGGACGAUAUGUUUGAAGAGAUAAAUUCAAUGAUGAAUGAAAUGAAUCGUUGUAAAACAAGAUUGAAAGAAAUUGCACUGAGGCCGGAUCCUUUGUCGGCAGUAGAACAUAUCGACCUAAUGAUUCAAUCCGAACAAGAGGAAAAACAACCAGGUCAUCUUAACAGAGUAAAAAUGCUCAAGGAGUUUAGAAAAAUGGCCUUAGUUGAUCAGGACGUAGAGGACUUAAGCAAGAAUAUACAAGAGGCUCGAGAAAACAUCAAGACAAUUACAGGCAAAUCGUUUGAAAGAGAUAACGAAGCAAAGAAAAAAUCAAGAAAUAUCGUCGUCCGCGGAUAUCGAUACAUAAAAAAUCUAUUUUGA